CUAUGGAAACCGAUCAACGGUGUGUUAUGAAAGGACGAACCUGAUGAACUCUUUUCCACGAUCAACAUACUGCAAGCAAACUGCUUAGCUGUGCCGGCCGCAUCAUAUAAUUCAGUCGAUUCAGUUCAGUCUAUGUUCUUUGAUCAGCCUUCAUUCAUAUGAAUGUGCAAAAUGUGCACUCAGGAGGGGCCAGUUUACCAGACAGUGCAAUUGAGCAUCGCUAUUCUCUUCCGAAAAAGGCAGUGCAUCUUGCGAAGAUGUGUUUCAGAAGUGGGUUGCAUGCUUUCAGGAGGUUAGAAGCGAUGCAGCCAGCAGUACGCAGUGCUGUCAGGUGAGAAUGGUUUCUCCCAUCACCUGUGCUUCAAGUGGUUUAACCCACUAUUCAGCCAGCCUACCCUGAAUGAGUCACCCUGCUCUUCCCUGAUUGGGCAGUCGGGAUCCUACCCGAGGGAUUGCCGUGCAGAAAGCUGCCGAGGCCUGACUUCAUUCACAGAAACGUCGGUAUGCCCGUCUGCCUUUCCAUUCACAGCCAGCCUGAAUCAUUUUCACCCAGCAUCCUCUCUUCCUCUCCUCAGCAUCUCUUUUCUGCAUCUCUGUGACAAAAACGAGCGAGGAGCCCUUUUAACACUUUGUCUCAGCGGAGAAGACAAACCCUUGUUCUCUCUCUCUCUCUCUCUCUCUCUCUCUCUCUCUCUCUCUGUCUUUUCUUCUUUUUUUUCAAUUUGCAGGCAGGCAGGAAAGCGAGACGCUGGGAGGGACUGCAGUGCGUUAGCCGCAGCGUUACAGGAAGCUUGUGAAUGACUGCCGCUUCCCUGUCAUGAGCUCUUCUGGACAUUUUACAUGAAUGGCUGUUUUUUUGCUGCCUUAAUGUCGUGGGCUUCAACCCGUCGGCUAUUUUUUAAUGGGGCAUCUGACAUUACUAUUUACGGUCGUAUCCCCGCUGAAUCUGGAUGGCGUUUUAGUGAGAUAGAAUCUCAACGUUGUGUGUUUGAAAGGGUUGUUUAAUUAUUCAACAAAGCUCAUUGAGGAGCAAAGCUCAGCUUCUUUUGCCUUCUGAAGGGGGGGUGGUAUUUGAGUGCUGGCGUGGAUGGAUUUAUGCCGACGUUUUGUAGUACGUAAGGAAGAACAAAUGUGACAAACAAAGAGAUAAAGCUGUAUCGUUCUUUUGGUUUAAAUUCGAGCACGUUUUAAACUUGCCGUUAACAAUGGCGAUGCAUAAGUGAGGUAGAACCAACCACAUUGAUGCGGUUGCGGGCGAAAGGUGAACGCUUUCAAAUAUUUCAUGUCAUUUUGAUAGAUUAUCAUUUCUCAAUCAACACACCUUUUCACUAGAGAGCCUUGCUUCUGAAUUCAAGUAAAACUGCGAUUGCUUGUGCGGAAAAAUAGCGAUCGCCAUGCACGGCGACUGACGUUUCAUUCUGUGUGGCGUACAUGUGAUCCAACAAUACGGUACGGUACUCUAUGCAUUGAAUUAUGUCAGUGGACUGAUUUUGAUUCUAGUUCAUUCUGACUGAGCUCGGAUUUCACUACAGUGAUCUGUUUAUUACUCUUUUCCGUUCUGUUUAUCCAGAUUGAAUCAAAGCGAGAGGCGUUCCUACGGCCAGUGCGAAUUUUGAGAAUUGAUUGGUUCUACCGAGCUAGGAGCGACCUCGCGCUGCUUUUCUCUCUCGUCGUCCUCUGUCUCCAUGGAUUCCGCGUUUUGUGGUUUAUUUUUGGUCCCCGAGCUGCUGCUGCCACUGCCGCACAGCGUUGGAUUUUCCUGACGGCCGCUCGCUCUCUUUCUUCGAACCCUCGAGGACUCUUUCUCGGCUCCAGCAUGCUAAAGAAGUGGACAGUCAGCUGGGAGUUGGAUGUGUCCGUUCGCGUGUAGGCUGGCACACCGAGGGGAAUGCUUCACCGUGCUAAAUACAACCGAUUCCGGAAUGAGUCAGUGACGUCCGUCGAUGAGCUUCUGCACGGUCUCUCCAUGAACGCCAAGGUCUCGGCUGUCCCGCCGUCGCCGCCCGUGGGCGACCCUCCGUACGCCCUGCCAGCCGAGGUCUUGCCGCCCGACCCCGCCGAAGAGUCCGGCACAUUGUGCACCCUCAUCAGCAAAGUCUCCAACCUCAAAUUUGCCAACUCCUCCGGACUGCUGGGCAUCAAGGGCCUGCCGUCUGCCGUCAAGGACCUGGCCGUGUCCAAGCUCCAGGGAGGAGCGACAGGAGGCGGAUCCGGCAGCCCGUCUGCCCUCCCUGCGGCCUCUGGAGCGCCUCACGCACCGCCGGAGCCCGGCUCGGCCAGCUCGGGGAAGAAGGGCAGGAUGGAAGAGUCUCAGCCUGGCGGAGAGGGCUGGGUUCUGGGAGGGACGGGUGCCGCGGGCUGCGGCGGGCUGGUGAAUAAGCCUUCUCGUGGAUGGCUGCACUCCAGCGAAAAGAUUUCCGGACCUGGAGUGACGUAUGUCGUUAAGUAUUUGGGCUGCAUUGAAGUUCUCCGGUCCAUGAGAUCCCUGGACUUCACCACACGAUCACAAAUCACACAGGAGGCGAUCAGUAUGGUGUGUGAAGCCGUCCCUGGUGCCAAAGGAGCUCUGCGCAAGAGAAAGCCUCCCUCGAAACUCCUCUCCAGUAUUCUGGGCAAGAGUAACCUGCAGUUUGCUGGGAUGAGUAUCAACCUCAACAUCUCCACCAGCAGUUUGAACCUGAUGACACCGGACUCCAAACAGAUAAUCGCCAAUCAUCACAUGCAGUCCAUAUCCUUUGCCUCCGGUGGAGAUCCGGACACCACUGAUUACGUCGCUUAUGUGGCAAAAGAUCCUGUUAACCGGAGAGCGUGUCAUAUUUUGGAGUGCUCUGAUGGUCUGGCUCAGGAUGUGAUCAGUACGAUCGGUCAGGCGUUUGACCUGCGCUUUCAGCUCUAUUUGCAGUGUCCGUCCAGCAAACCCUCGUCCAUGCACGACAGGGUUAUGAGUACUGACGAGCCCCCGUGGACGGAGGAAGGAGAGGAGUCCGCCGAUCAUCACUACUACAACAGCAUUCCCGGAAAGAUGCCGCCACCAGGAGGAUUCAUUGACGCUAGAUUGACCAAUCAGACGCAAGACAGCAGCCAGGCCGCUGGAGUCGACCAGACGUACUACCAGGGCCGGCCCAUGUUCAUCCAACAAGGGUCCUGUGACAUUUACAGUCUCCCUGAGGUCAAAGGUCAAGCCCCUAAGGCAGGAGAAGUGCCCAUGUAUGUGAACACACAGCACAUUGACACGCAGGUGUUAGCCGCCCUCCAGGGAGAGACAGAGAUGCUGACCGAUUCGGGCACGAGCGGGACAGCUAAAGACAGCCCGAGGAAGGACCUCUUUGACAUGAAGCCGUUUGAGGACGCCAUCAUGACCCAGACUCCGGCUCCCUCAGCCUCAGAGCUGCGUAAAGCGGCGUCCGUGGAUAACUCCAGUCCUCUGCUGAUGCGCGCGGCUGCCCUGAGAGCUCAGGAGGAGCUGGAGGACCAGACGUGGUACCACGGAGAGAUGAGCCGCCGCCAGGCCGAGAAACUGCUGCUCCACGACGGAGACUUCCUGGUGCGGAAGAGCACCACAAACCCGGGCUCAUACGUCCUGACGGGGAUGCACCACGGCCUGGCCAAACACCUGCUGCUGGUCGAUCCGGAGGGAACGGUCCGGACGAAAGAUCACAUAUUCGAGAGCAUAAGCCACCUGAUUGGUCAUCACCGUGACAACAACCUGCCGAUCGUGUCGGCGGGAAGCGAACUGUGUUUGAAGCAGCCGGUGGAAAGAAAACAGUGACGACAGCUGAAAUCCCGCGGGAGACUCUCUCACCAAAACAAACACUCCAUCGGAGAACACGUGACGCUUGUCCGACUGCUUGACUGUGAUGGCGUUUGUAGACGGAAGAUUUUAGAAAGCCGAUUUCUAGAACUGACACAGUUAUUUUAUUGCGCUGGUUGAGAAUCUCUAUUUUUGAAGAAGACUGCGGUGGAUUUUCGGACAGUUCGGAUGAACUCGGUCUCCAAGAGGGAUGCGACGGAAGCUAGAUAAAGAGUAUUUUAGAAUAAAAAAGUUUUAGUUUUGUCUAUCAAGCACAACCGGAUUUUCAUGUUCGUUGGUAAGAGAUAGAAGGAAAACUAAUAUUUGAGAAAACGUAAAUGAAAAACAAAAAGCGGUUUAUAUCGACCUAUUUUAGGAGUUGGUCCUUCACUGCAGCUAGUGUGCAAGAUCAUUUGGUAGCUUCACUGCUUUUCAGAGGGAAGAUGACGUGAAUGUGUUUGCUUUAGCAGAAAUCACACUCUGACAUGCUGCACGAACACACACACACACACACACACACACACACACACACACACACACACACGGCUUUAAGGCACCUUCAUUUUUGGAUGACGUUGAAACCUGUGGCACUCGCAUGACUUAAAACCUUAAUUGUACUUGUGGUCAUUGUUGGUAGCAUCCAGAGCCCCAGCGGAGGUGCUUUUGUGUGCUCACAAUGUAAAAUAUUUAUGCUUUCCCAGUAUUCCUUGAGUUUAGCUCCUUCUUUUAAACGUGUCAGAGGUGUGUAGUCGCUCGGCUCGGCCCUUUACUUUAUACCUUGGAUGUUUCUAUCGGUUCUGACUUUCAUGGUUUGACUGUGGGCUUCACAAACACACACACUGGUAUUAUGAUUCUUCUUCUGAUGAUUGUUUUCAAUUAAACGGUUCUAAAUGAAUAGCA